AUGUUCAAAUCUCUACAUCUGAGGCCUUCACUGGCACUCAGGUCAACCAGUCCAGCCAAUUAUUCACGAUCCCUCCAAACCAAGCAACACUCCUUGCCAGCCGCAUACUACCGCGGCGGCACCUCUCGAGCAGUGUUCUUCAAACAAAAUGACCUUCCCUCAGACCGAAAAGACUGGGCUCCUAUUUUCCGCAGUGUCAUCGGCAGUCCAGAUCCAUAUGGUCGGCAGCUAGACGGGCUAGGAGGCGGAUUAUCCAGCCUCUCCAAAGUGUGCGUAGUAGGCCCAUCGACGCACCGCGACGCCGACGUCGACUACACCUUUGUUUCGCUGGGGAUCAAAAACUCCGACGUCGACUACUCCAGUAACUGUGGCAACAUGAGUUCUGCCGUGGGCCCAUUUGCUUUCGAUUCGAAGCUGUUCUCGUCGGAUGUCUCCGACUCGGCCUCGGUUCGCAUUCACAAUACCAAUACUGGUAAAAUCAUCCACUCGUCUUUCCCUGUUGUCGACGGUGAAGCUGCAUCGAGUGGUCAAUUCGCUAUUGACGGCGUUGCUGGUACUGCUGCCCGUGUCCAGUUGGACUUUAUUAACCCUGCCGGCUCGGUUACGGGUCAACUACUGCCUACGGGGAAUGUCGUGGAUGUAUUUGAUGGAGUGACUGCAACCUGUAUCGAUGUCGGUAAUCCGUGUGUCUUUGUUCAGGCUCGUGGACUCGGCGUCGAGGGGAACUUGACGCCCGAUGAAAUCACUGCUCAUCCGGAUCUGCUGUCGCGUUUGAAUUCCAUUCGUCGCCAGGCAGGCGUUAAGAUGGGAAUUGCAGAGGAACUUGAGAUGGUUCCGGGGAGUGUGCCUAAGAUUUGUAUCGUGGCUACACCUUCUACCGAUGCCCGAGACGUGGAACAGGCACAGACACCGGCAAAGGUCGAUCUUCUUGCCCGUGCACUCUCAGUGGGACAGCCGCACAAGGCUGUUCCCAUUACUGUUGCUCUGGCACUUGCUGCUGCUGCUCGUGUGGCGGGUAGUACAGUAGACGGAGUGGUCAUGAAAGACCAGGUCGACAGCGCUGGGAUCACAAUCGGCCAUGCCAGUGGGAAUCUCAUGGUUGGUGCCCAGUUUGGAGCUGACGGGGCAUUGACAUCUGCGACUGUCUUUCGGACUGCCAGGCGUUUAUUUGAAGGGCGUAUCUUUUGGAAGAAUGAUGCAUGA